GGCAUCAAGCUUUCCCCCUUGAGCAAGUAAAUCCAUCAGUAUUACAUUUGUAAUCAACACUCUUGAACAUUUCUCCACCAACAUUUCACCUUCAACCUCUCUCCACCCAUACACACGCCAUCACCUUCGGUGGAUCUCCACUCCCUCACAACUUGUGACAUUUAGCCGUCAACCUCUCAGUCAGGCCAAAUGCCGGUCACCAUCCGCACCGCAAACCACAGCGCACGGGAGUGGCAGUCCACCGGCGCCGUCAGCCACGACGCGCUCUUCAAGGGUUCCUGCCCUCAAGAAUACAAGCAAAGCCAACGCAUCAUACAAACCGGCCUCUCCCACCCCCUGGAGCACAAUCACGUUACCGACGCAGAAAAUGGGUUCGUUGACGCGCUCACGAGCGCCUACUCCAACCACCACCACCUCACCCUCCGCCCUGAAGACAUCUGGUUCACCAUCCUGAGCCAAGUCUCCUUCUUCAUCAACGCGAACGCCGAGGAACUCCGCGCGCAUUUCGUCGCCCACGAGGGUCGCAAGGAACUCACAGUCACGGCGGCCGGAAGCGUGGACACGGCCGACUUUGGCGCGAUGGCGCACGCGAUGACGACCGCAAUUCAAGAUCACGUGGUGGACGCGGGCCUUCGCGCUUGGAUCAUGCCGGAGUUUAGCACCACCACUGCUAACGAUCGGGUGGUGGCUGCGGUUCUGAUGAUGGGGAGCAUGCAGAAGUACUUCACCUAUCAGUUUUGUUUGAUGUGUGGCAUACCCAGCGUGACGCUCCUCGGGGAGCGUCGCGACUGGGAGAUGUUGCUCGGCAAACUGGACCGACUGCCCGCCCUGGGCCAGGAACCGACGCGGUUCGCCGAGUUGCUCCGUCCGGUGCUGACCAGGUUCUUGACCUCCUUUGACGAGCCCACGGCGAACGCGGUGCGCCAUUUCUGGGGUCGGUGCGCCGAUCGCCACAGUGGCGGCAGUGGACCGUCGUAUCUCUCGGGAUGGGUCACGGCGUUCUGCUUCUGGGACCCGCAGGGUAGGCGAAUUCGUGACCAGUCCGAGGGGAAUGUUGCUUCGUGUGAGCUCGACGGUGUACGGUAUCCCUGGAUCGACACGGCUGAUAUCCCGCCGGCAUAUGCCUCGGUUCCUGUUCGUCUGGAUGAUAAUGGAACGGUGUAUGAGACGGUGAUGGUUGCGGGAAUGAUGGGCGUGAAUGGCACAUCGAGUGGUCUGCCACUGAAGAAGAAUGGUGGCGCGGAGACAACAGGAUUGGACUCUCUGCAACCGGUUGCAGGAUGGGUCAUGUACCAGAAAAAAGACAACGUCUCCGAUAGGCACGAAGAAUAUUGAGACGAAGCAGAUUGGCUCUUGAGCCACUCUAUUACUUAGUUCUUACUGUACUUAGUUCUCACUGCUAUAAUUUUU